AGUCCUUAUUGAGAAAGCCCUUAAUAUGCAUAAAGGUUCAAUUAGUUGAAAUGGAAACAACCCCUUCCCCAGCCAAGCACUUACAUUCCUACAAGAUUAAGCAAUGUAACCCCAUGGACUAUAUGCUGUCAGUGUUUCUCCUCUUCCCUUGCAGGCUUCCCUCUGGGCUCCACAAUAAGGUCAGAAACCAAGGGCAUCUGGAUGUGGUGUAUGCCUCACCCCUCCAAGCCGACCACACUCUUGUCCUUCUGGACACUGAGGGCCUGGGUGAUGUGGAAAAGGGUGACCCUAAGAAUGACUUGUGGAUCUUUGCCCUGGCUGUGCUUCUGAGCAGCACGUUUGUCUACAACAGCAUGAACACCAUCAACCACCAGGCCCUGAAGCAGCUGCACUGUGUGACUGAACUAACAGGACUAAUCAGGGCAAAAUCCUCUCCCAGACCUGCUGACGUAGAGGACUCCACUGAAUUUGUGAGUUUUUUUUCCAGACUUCGUUUGGAGUGCAAGAACCCCAAAAUCCAAAGUUCCAACAUGACUAGAGAGUGUAUCAGACAUUUCUUUCCAAACCGAAAGUGCUUUGUCUUUGACCGGCCAACAAGUGACAAAAAACUCUUAGCCCAUGUGGAGAAACUGUCAGAAGAUCAGCUAGAUUGUAAUUUCCGGUCACAAUCAAAAAAAUUCUGUUCAUAUAUCUUCACCCAUGCAAAGACCAAAAAUUUGAGAGAGGGAAUAAUUGUCACUGGAAACCGGCUGAGGACUCUGGUUGUGACCUAUGUGGAUGCCAUCAACAGUGGAUCAGUGCCUUGUUUGGAGAACGCAGUGACAACUCUGGCCCAGCGUGAGAACGCAGUGGCCGUGCAGAAGGCAGCCGACCACUACAGUGAGCAGAUGGCCCAGCGCGUGAGGCUCCCCACAGACACGCUGCAGGAGCUGCUGGACGUGCACGCGGCCUGUGAGAGGGAGGCUCUUGCUGUCUUCAUGGAGCUCUCCUUCAAGGAUGAAAAUCGGGAAUUCCAGAAGAAGCUCAUGGACACCAUAGAGAAAAAGAAGGAAGAUUUCUCACUGCAGAAUGAAGAGGCAUCUGUCACAUAUUGCCAGGCUGAGCUUAAGCAGCUAGCAGAGCCCCUGAUGGAAAGGAUUUCAAGAGGAACUUUCUCUGUUCCUGGAGGGCACAAUCUCUUCUUAGAAGCAAAGAAGAAGGUUGAACAGGACUAUAAGCUAGUGCCCAGGAAAGGAGUUAAGGCAGAUGAAGUCCUCCAGAACUUCCUGCAGUCGCAGGCGGCUAUAGAGAAAUCCAUCCUGCAGUCAGACAAAGCCCUCACAGACGGAGAGAAGGACUUAGCAGCCGAGCGGGCCAAGAAGGAGGCAGCUGAGAAGGAGCAGGAGCUGCUCAGAGAGAAACAGAAGGAGCAGCAGCAAAUGAUGGAGGCUCUAGAGAGAAGCUACCAGGAAAAUCUUGCCCAACUGAAGGAAAAGAUGGAGCAGGAAAGUGAAAACCUUCUGAGAGAGCAGGAAAGGAUGCUGGAGCACAAGCUGAAGGUCCAAGAAGAACUGCUUAUAGAAGGAUUUAAAGAGAAAUCUGAAGGAUUACAUAGACAAGUAGAUCACUUGCGAAAAGAAAUUGAAAGAACUAAAAAAAAUUGGGUUUCAACGUUCUUUGUUGCUGGCGAUGCCUGCAUGAUAAUACUGCCUUUGCCUG